CCAUUCUGCUGCCAACGCUCGGAGCGAAACCACGCCUGUUUCCCGCGCAAAGUUGUGAAAUCGUUGUGACAUAACGCACGCUCGGAACUCGUGUACCAAGUUAUCUAUUGAAAUACCUGUGAAGCCAACCGGAUUGAUUGUGACAAGUGCAAGUGUGCCUGUGACAAUUCGCACCGAAAAGUGGAAAGUGCUAUCAAUUAGUGAUUACGAGAUAAAAAGUAUAAACUUCAAAAGCAAGAUGUACAAGGAUUCAGUUGUUCCCGUUAAACCGGAGACGUUCAGUGGAGUUGCGGCUAAAAGCCCAAUCGGACAAUGUAUAAAGACCGUGCUGCUUAGGGCAUGCAUCGAGAAGAGGCUGACCGUAGGGCUCCUGCCCGCGAUCCAGUAUCUCUCCAGCAACUGCAAUGGAGCCCUAUUCUGCCUGACCGCUGAGGCGCCACCUGGCGACAGCGCGACUCAUAUGCAAGAAGUCCUAUUGCAGGCCUUCUGCGUGGAAAAUGACAUUCAUGUCAUCAAGGUUGAUUCAGCGACCAAAUUGAAGAAGUUGUUGGGGUGCUGCUCAUCAGGGGUGGACUUCAGCUGCGUCUUGGUCCACUACCCAUACACAGACCCCUUUAGCGACAGCCAGGAAAUCGACCUGUCAAUCCUCACAGACUCCGAGAGAGACCUCAUUGACCACUGCGAGACCAACUGGGGAUACUCACAGAUGCCAGUCAUCAAGCUGCCAGAAAAGUGAAUCUAACAAACCGAAAUUUGUCAAGAGAAAAAAAAAUACCGACACACCAGUCGUGCCUUUUCAAAUAGGAAGCCAUUCUUCCGUUUGGCGUUUAACGCCAUCUAUUAUUGGAAUUAUGAACUUGAGUUCAUUGUGCCUAAGGGCUUUGGGUCAAAUGUUUUGAUUGUGAGAAAUUGUGAAGUUUUUCCAAACGCAGAUUUUGUAUUGUAAACUUAGUUUCUAAGUUGUCGCAUAACUUUUGCAUGGAUAUAAUAUUUUUAGCAAUAAUUGUAUAGAUACCUGUAACUCCCCAGAAAGAACUUACAUUUAAAAUUGUAAUGUAUUCGUAUAAUAAUAAUCAUAAAAUGAUUUUUAGAUUCAAUCUAUUAAUAAAACCAGUAGGGGAAAUAGUAUAACGUAAUAUUAUAUCAUUGGAUUGUAACGUUAACUAAAAUAUACAUAAGUUAAGAAUUACAGACGAAUAUUGAGAUAUUUUAUAUUUUUGUAAUGUUAAAAACUAUCAUAAUGUUACUGAACCAAAAAAAGAAAUUAAAGUUAUGCAUAAUCAAUA